UCUUCUUCUUCUUCUUCCCUUUCAGUUACGCUUUUUUGUUGGGUUCAUUGAAUUCGAGAGAGAGCGAUUAGGGGGCGGAGGAAUGGUGGCUAACGGAUCAUCAUCAUCAUCAUCAUCACCAGCGCUCACUCCGCCUUCUACGUAGCACUUCUACCACUUUUCUCUUUAAUUACGCCCCCAACAUUUCAUCCUGUUUUCCCUUUUCUUCAUCUCCGCCGUAACCGUUUCACCAUUUUCAGCAUUUUCAGCAUUUUCAGCAUUUUCCUUCGUAUUACACACUCAGUUUCACUCCAUGCUGUUCUAAUACUAUUAUAUUCAUUCUUUUCCCCCACCACACAACCAUUAACCAUACCCCCCAUGGAGUUCGGGACUGGAGGCGGCGGCGGCUCCGGUUGGGAUAACGAUUCCUCCUCCGACCCACAACGCCGGAAGAAAUGCUACCAUCGUCACACUGCCAAUCAGAUUCAGAGGCUCGAGGCAAUGUUCAAAGAAUGCCCACACCCAGAUGAGAAACAGAGAUUACAGUUAAGCAGAGAGCUGGGAUUGGCUCCUCGCCAAAUCAAAUUUUGGUUCCAGAAUCGGAGGACCCAGAUGAAGGCUCAACAUGAAAGGGCAGACAAUAGUGCACUUCGGGCAGAGAACGACAAGAUUCGAUGCGAGAACAUAGCCAUCAGAGAGGCCCUCAAGAAUGUCAUCUGCCCCUCCUGCGGUGGCCCUCCUCUUCAGGACCCUUACUUCGACGAACACAAACUACGAAUCGAAAACGCCCAUUUGAAGGAAGAGCUUGAUAGAGUAUCUAGCAUUGCGGCCAAGUUCAUCGGGAGGCCAAUCUCUCAGCUUCCACCCAUUCACCCACCUCAUUUUUCCUCAUUAGAGCUAUCCAUGGCUAGUUUUCCCUCCCAAGAAAUUGGCUGCCCUUCUCUUGAUCUUGAUUUACUUCCUGCAAGUUCUACAAGUGUUCCCACUUUGCCAUACCACCACCCAAUUCACCUCUCCGCCGUGGAUAAGUCCCUCAUGACUGAAAUUGCCACAAAUGCCAUGGCAGAGUUGCUCAGGCUUUCCCAAACUAAUGAGCCAUUCUGGAUCAAAUCAACAAAUGAUGGACGCGACGUUCUCGACCUCGAAACCUAUGAACAGGCUUUUCCAAGACCCAACUCUCCCUUCAAGAAUCCCCAUUUUCGCACCGAAGCAACUAGAGAUUCAGGCGUCGUGAUCAUGAAUAGUGAAGCAUUGGUUGAUAUGUUUAUGGACUCGAACAAAUGGACAGAAUUAUUUCCCACAAUUGUGUCGAUUGCAAGAACAAUCGAAGUUAUAUCGUCUGGAUUGUUGGGAACUCAGAAUGGCUCGUUGCAACUGAUGUACCAAGAACUGCAGCUACUCUCCCCAUUGGUUUCGACUCGUCAUUUUUACAUCCUCAGAUUUUGUCAACAAAUCGAGCACGGCACGUGGGCCGUGGUUGAUGUUUCCUACAACAUCCCCAGAGAAAAUCAAAUAGUUUCUCAUUCUCAAUGUCACCGCCUUCCCUCUGGCUGCUUGAUCCAGGACAUGCCUAACGGUUACUCCAAGGUUACUUGGAUUGAGCAUGUGGAGGUGGAAGAUAGAGGCUCCUCUCAUUGNGGGUGA